AUGGAGCCACGAUGGCAGCGGUGCUGGAUGUGCUCUGGCGUUUCCUUGAAGGAUAUAGAUGUGGCGCCAGAUAUAAAUGUGGCAUCAGAUAUAAAUGUGGCGCCAGAUAUAGAUGUGGCGCCAGGUAUAAAUGUGGCGCCAGAUAUAAAUGUGGCGCCAGAUAUAAAUGUGGCGCCAGAUAUAAAUGUGGCGCCAGAUAUAAAUGUGGCGCCAGAUAUAAAUGUGGCGCCAGAUAUAAAUGUGGCGCAAGGUAUAAAUGUGGCGCCAGAUAUAAAUGUGGCGCCAGAUAUAAAUGUGGCGCCAGAUAUAAAUGUGGCGCCAGAUAUAAAUGUGGCGCCAGAUAUAAAUGUGGCGCCAGAUAUAAAUGUGGCGCCAGAUAUAAAUGUGGCGCCAGAUAUAAAUGUGGCGCCAGAUAUAAAUGUGGCGCCAGAUAUAAAUGUGGCGCAAGAUAUAAAUGUGGCGCAAGGUAUAAAUGUGGCGCCAGAUAUAAAUGUGGCGCCAGAUAUAAAUGUGGCGUCAGAUAUAAAUGUGGCGCCAGAUAUAAAUGUGGCGCAAGGUAUAAAUGUGGCGCCAAGUAUAAAUGUGGCCCAAUUUGUUUUUCGACUGGAGGUCGAUGAAGAGUCUAAUCGGAAACUUACUUUUGUCAAGGGCUGA